UAGCAUUUAGGCUUUAUAAAUCAUUUACGACGUCGUUUCUUUCUUCCUAUCAAUUUUUCUGUAGCUUCUCCCAUUUUUAUUUCUUUCCAAAAAUAAAUUAAAAAUGAGAUUUCUCACACAACUAACGAUCUUAAGCUUCUUCGUCUUCUUCUUCUUCACAGUGAAUCCAAUCUCAGCCAAAUUCUACACAAACGUUUCUUCAAUCCCACCGUUACAAUUCCUAAACGCAACGCAAAACGCUUGGGAAACGUUCUCGAAACUCGCCGGUUGUCAAAUCGGAGAAAAAAUCGACGGUCUCUCUAAACUCAAACAAUACUUCCACCGUUUCGGUUACAUCACCACCAUCAAAAACUGUACGGACGAUUUCGACGACGCUCUUCAAUCGGCGAUCAACACGUACCAGAAAAAUUUCAAUCUCAAAGUCACCGGAAAACUCGAUUCCUUCACUCUCCGACAGAUCGUCAAACCUCGAUGCGGGAAUCCGGACAUGAUCGACGGAUUUUCGGAGAUGAACGGCGGACGAAAGCUCCGUACGACGGAGCGGUACUCGUUUUUUCCCGGAAAGCCGCGGUGGCCGAAACGGAAACGAGAUCUGACUUACGCGUUUUUACCACAGAACAAUCUAACAGACGAGGUAAAGCGCGUGUUCGCACGCGCAUUCACGCGAUGGGCGGAGGUGACGCCGUUGAAUUUCGCGCGCUCCGAGUCUCUCCGCGGAGCUGAUAUAUUUAUCGGGUUCUUCUCCGGUGAACAUGGAGAUGGUGAGCCGUUCGAUGGAGCUAUGGGAACGUUAGCUCACGCUUCGUCACCUCCUACGGGGAUGUUACAUUUAGACGGGGACGAGGAUUGGUUAAUCUCCGACGGUGCAAUCAGCCGUAGGAUAUUACCGGUGACGACGGUGGUGGAUCUUGAAUCGGUGGUGGUUCAUGAGAUCGGGCAUUUGUUAGGGUUAGGUCACUCGUCGGUUGAAGAUGCGAUUAUGUUUCCGGCGAUUUCGGGUGGAGAUCGGAAAGUAGAGUUAGCGAAGGAUGAUAUUGAAGGUAUACAGCAUUUGUACGGUGGGAAUCCCAACGGAGACGGUGGUGGUGGGAAGAAGAACACUAGCCGUGAGAGUGAAACUAGCGGUAGUGGUGGUGGUGGUGGCUUGCGUCGGUGGAGAGGGUGGGUGAUUAGCUUAUCAUUGAUUGCCACGUGUGUUUUGUUUAUUUGUUUUUAGAUAUUAUGACGUAUUUUGGGGUCAAUAUUUUAUUUUGGCUUUCUAAAAAGUAAAUAUUCUAUUUGAUUGGUGUCCAAGUACAAGUACAACAACAACAUUGGUUCUUUAAUUAUUUUGAUUAUUAGUA